AUGGCAGAAUCAAUUCUAUUUGACAUUGCGACUGAGGUUCUGAAGAAGAUAGGCUCUCUUGUGGGUCGGCAAGUGUCCUCGUUGUGGAAUCUUGAAAGUGAUUUAGAAAGCCUUGCGGGAACCCUGAGCACUAUCCAAGCCGUGCUCUUGGAUGCUGAGAAAAAGCAGGCACACGAUCAUCAGCUGCGUGACUGGCUUGGGAAGCUUAAGGAUGUUCUCCUUGAUGCUGAGGACGUUUUAGAAGAAUUCGAGUUUCAAGCUCCUGGGAGGGAAGUGGUGAGACAAAAGAGGAGCACAUCAAGAAAGGUACGUCAAUUCUUUUCAAGCUCCAAUCCUGUUGUUCUUCGAUCUCAAAUUAUUCAUAAAAUCAAGCAGAUUAGAGAAAGGCUAGAUCGGAUUGCAGGUGAUAGAAGAAAUUUUACUCUUAUUGAGAGUACUCCUGUUGAAGUUAGUUAUGUGAUUCCAAAGGAGAGGGAGACUAAUUCCUUCUUGGGGGCUUCUUGUGUUAUUGGAAGAGAGAAUGAUAAAGAAAAGAUCAUAAGCUUUUUAAUGCAACAAACCGACAAUAAUGUCUCUGUCAUUCCAAUAGUUGGAAUUGGGGGUUUGGGUAAAACUACUCUUACUAAAAUGGUUUAUAAUGAUAAAAGGGUAGAUAAGUUCUUUCCAUUAAAGAUGUGGGCAUGUGUGUCAGAUGACUUCGAUGUCAUCAGAUUGAUGAAAGAAAUUAUUAGAUCUGCAACAGAUCAUGCUCAGGAUUGUGGUAAGUUAAAAGGAGAUGAAAUUCCGAAGCGUUUACAGGAAAUUUUGACAGGUAAAAAUUUUAUGCUUGUCUUGGAUGAUGUUUGGAAUGAGAAGCCGAUGAAAUGGUUGGAAUUGAAAGACUUACUAAUGAAUGGUGUCAGCGGAAGUAAAAUUAUUGUGAGCACACGAAGUAAAAGAGUUGCAGAAAUAAUGAACACUAUUCCCUCUCAUUUUUUACAAGGUUUUUCCAGUGAGGAAUCCUUGUCAUUAUUUAAGAAGUAUGCGUUCAAAGAUGGAGAAGGGAAAGAUUUUCCAAGGCUUAUAAAAUUUGGGAAGGACAUUGUAGCAAAAUGUAAAGGAGUUCCGUUGGCUGUGGAUAGAGAUAAUGAAGACAUCUUACCAGUAUUGAAAUUGAGCUAUGAUCAUUUGCCAUCUCCUUUGAAGCGAUGUUUUACUUAUCUUUGCUUGUUUUCGAAGGAUUAUAAUUAUAAAAAUGAUUAUGUGGCCCAAUAUUGGAUGGCGCUUGGACUUCUUAAAACCUCUUAUGAAACUGAAGAGCUAGAAGAUGUUGCUUCUCAAUAUAUCAAAGAUUUAUGGUCAAGGGGUUUCUUAGAGGAUUUCUGGGAUCGAAAUUUUUGCUGGCAAUUUAGAGUGCAUGAUCUUGCACUAUCAAUGACAAAAGUUGAUAACUCAAGGAGUGUCCGAAGCGUUAUCCUUCCAACAGCAAAGAAAUACGGAGAUGCGCCUAUUCUUGGAUCAUUUAUUAGUGAAGAUAUAUCUAAAUUCAAGUACCUCCGACUAUUAUUCUUGUAUGGUAUAUUUUUCGAAGAGUUGCCAAAUUCUAUCGGUACAUUGAGACAUUUGAGAUACCUUGAUCUAGCUCAUAAUUCUUCAUUGAAGAAGAUCUCUGAAUCUAUUUGCGAGCUUCAAAAAUUGCAAAUGUUAAGACUUCGUAGUUGUUAUCAGCUUAAGAAGUUGCCUAAUAACAUACGCAAAAUAAUCUCCCUUAGAUACUUGGAAAUAACCACACAAGAGGAGGUUCUUCCAGAAAAUGAAAUUGGAUGUUUGGGUUCCCUUCAAUAUUUGUACUUAUAUCACUGCUACAAUCUAGUAAGUUUGUGUGAAGGGAUGCAAGGUCUGAAAAGCCUCCGAGCGUUGCAUCUAGAAAACACUUCUGUGAGCUCGUUACCAAAUACUAUCAAAUACCUGACAAAAUUAGAGAUGUUAGUGAUUUCGUUUAGCCGCAAGCUUAAUUUGAAGAUGGAAUUGCAAGCAGAAGAUCUUGACCUGAGGCUGAGUCUUAAAAAAUUCAUAGUUUAUGGUUUAGAUUCACUAGUGGAUUUGCCCCAGCUUCUUUUUCAAGCAUCUGCUGGCACUCUGAAGUACAUAGAGAUUGGAACGUGUAAAAACUUAGAAGCACUACCGGAGUGGUUUGAAAAUCUCACAUCACUUGAAAAACUUCAGAUUAAAGACUGCCCCAGAUUGUCAUCUCUUCCAGAAGGGAUAAAACGCCUUACUUCCCUUAAGGAAUUGGUGAUUAGAGACUGUCCUGAUCUGAUUGAAAGCUGCAGAAAUGAUGAGUCGAAGAUUGCUCAUAUUCAACUGAACCUUUCAGAGCCAUUAACUGAAACAGCAGGAGCUGAUGAAGUCAUUGGAGACCUUAGGAGGAAGCUUGAACUCUUUCAAACAAAAGUCGGUCAAGCCGUCAGCGUGUUGAAGCCUCAGUUAAGCAGUGAAAGCCAGAGCAGUGCAGUGGCAGCAAUCCAAGAGCUAGAAGCGCUGGCAAAGAUGGACAUUAGCACGCCAUUGAAAGAGGAUACUCAAGUAGCACAAUCACAGCCUCCAGAACAACAACCACCACCGCAACCACCGCCGUUGUAA